AUGGAGCUGAUUGACAAAACCGUUGAGCUCCGGGGCAGCCAGAUCCUCAACAUGCGGACCUACCAUGAGGUCGUGUGCCAGCGUCGCAUCAUGGCCGUCGCCACUAUUUUGGCUUGGGUUCGUUCCGUUUUGCUAUUUCAGUUCAUUCACAUCAUUCAUAGGCGGUUUUUGGAGAUUUUAAAAAGUGUGAAAGCAAAUAAUCUCUAUCUAAGCUUGUAAGAUUUGGCGUUAAAAUGAUAUCAAUUUUUUUUGAAUUUGCAAAGUGCUACUGGCGGCUGAAAAAAGUCUUUUUAAUCUGUUGAAAUUUCACUUAUCCUCUAAAGCUUCACACUAUUUUUUUCAAGCUCAGAGUGAAAUAUAAGUCUAAAAAAAUGAACCACCGGAUGGAUAAUCCUUCGAAACCGUUUAGCAAUUUUUUUUAUGAUGAAGAUGAGUGCAAUAAUUUUGUUCUCAAGAAAUUUUUGAAAGAUGCUGAAUUCUCUCGUUCCCUUUUUCAUUUUUUUUCCAUAUUUUUAUCAUGAGAUUCAGUAUUCGAAAAAAAAUCGCUCAGUUCUGUAAUUUAUACAGCUUGAGAAAGAGUGUUUGUAAGAAGAAAAAAGCUGUUGUCUAACUGAAAAAGUCAAAAAAAUAGAUUUACAUGCUGGAACCGAAUAACAAUUCUUGAAUCUUGUAACGUGUUUUUAGAUACCAGGUGGGAUUUGUUUACGGACUGCUAGGUUUUAUGAUCACGCUUUAAACUGAUAAUUGUCUCCAAUUUAUCUCCUGAAUCUUCUUCACGGAAUCUUUUUCUCUCGAACGCAAGAAUCGAGUAAUCAAAAUCAAGGAAGAACAUUUUCAAGUUCUGAGACAGAAAGAUUUUUCCAGGUCGGAGCGGUCUUAUUGAUUGUCGCUCUAGCAACGACAAACUGGGCCAUCAUUGAGUUCAUGAAUACCGAUUACCACAUGGUAAAAGUUGAACUUGGCGUUUGGGGGGAAUGGCGAACUCUUGAUAACUUUAAAAAGAAAGCAGGUUGGUUCUGAAUCUGAAGCAAUAAAAAAGAACUUGAUUCUUUUCGACAAAAUUUGGUCGCAUGUGGAAUGGUUGAAAGCUUUGAAUCGGCUGUUGCAAGAUUACACAACUGAAACCUCGAGUGUAAAUUAUUUUAUGCGCUUUGAGCCAUUUCAUGUGCAGCGGCGGCGUCCCGAAGAUUCAUAGAAAUCAGCAAAGUGCUCAUUUUAAUUACUGACCAUAACGACUAGAACUUGCAGUUGAAUGGAUUCCGCAUUUUCCAUCUCCGCCAGAGAGCAUCUUGAGAUUGGCAGACGCAGACCUUAAACGUGAGCUUGCACUUUUUUUUUGCGUUUUUGAAAAAUCCGGUAAUCAUCGAGCUUUUUUGUUUUCAACAAAGAAAAAGAAUUUGUCAAAUAUUUGCCUGAAAGCAUCGGUUGUGAUCAGUGAGAAGGAUUCCCAGGAGGUAAGUGGUCCAAGAAGACUUAACGAAAAAUUCCUCCAUAAGUGAUCGAAAGUUUUUUGAAUGCCUUCCUUUCGAAAAAAAUAAUCAAAAGAUCAUCCAUUUUUUUCGCGUGACUUUAAAAUGUGGAGAAAAUUUUUCAACGGUAGCUGCUGGAUGGAAAACGGCGCCCCUGAGGCUGGUGAAAUAAGACAAACAUCGGCCGCCGCUAAUCAAUCACCUGGGAUUCCCACAAAUCUGGCCAACUUCCAAAGUUUUUUUUGCGCCUCAAGUGCGAAGUGUGUAAAUAAGAAAGGCGAAACAGAUGCAUCUCUAAAAAUUUCUGUUUACUUUUUAAAAAGUCUUCUCAUGAGAAGAUUUUGGCGGCUUCGACUUUGAGAAAUAUGAAGAAAAAAAUGAGAAAAAAGAUGUGAAAAAGGGAAUUUCGAUGAUUAAUUUUUUUUGCAGAUUACUAUCGUUCGCAGGCGGCUAUUGGAGUGAUUGCUUUGAUUAUCCUUUUGUCCACGAAUCUUCUGGCCCUGUACACUUUCUACCAUCACCGAUAUAUGUACAAAAGAGCUGUGGCUUGUCUUUACUUCGUUGUCGGUAGGUCAUUAUUCGUUACAAUCAAUAAUAGAAAACAGAAAAAAAGGUUUUCAGUGAUUUUAUCAAGUCACGUAAAACUUUUGCGUGUAUCAUUUUGUAUUGGCUUUUUACAUAGAUUAUUUACUUCUAGGACGCCCCGAUAACUUAGCGUUAAUACACCUUCUAAGGUUUUAGGAAGUUACUGUUGCCCAUAAACACAAGCUAAUUGGGAAAAAAAAAUGUUCUUCCUAAUCCCUCCAAUAAAUCGAUAAACAAAAAACUCGUAAGAAGCGUUUUUCAGCAAUGGCAAUUGUUGUGACAAUCGAAAUUUUGUCAAACAGCAUUGACGAGUGGAAUCGCAGCGUCGGAAAAUCAGAUGCGGUAAGCUCCACUGACUUUCAAGUAACAAAAUACCAUAAGAUAAUGUUGUCAUGAACUUAUGCGAAUGAUGAGAAAGUCGAAAAUCUUCGUCUCUCUCAUUCGAAAAUAUUUUUUUAUCUCAAAAAUAAUCAAUUUUCCGAUGGAUCCUGUCACUAGGUGACAUUUAAUCGAUGCAUCUUUCGAUGUUAACAUGAAUGAUUUGCAGGAAAAUUCGUUCAACUACGACGCCGGCAAGUCUAUGGGCUACUCGACUCGGUUGGCCCAAGCAGUCGUGGGAAUCUGCAUUUUCGCCGCCAUCGUCUUUGCUUGGGCUUCCCACAAGCAGAAGGGAGAUCACGCUGCAACUGCUGAACUCGAAAUCGAAGAUCGGCCAAUUCAUAUGGGCCGAUAA